AUGACAGACAUCAAGCCUGUGGACCUCGACACCAAGGAGUAUGACAUUGACACGGCCGAUGUGCGGGAAAUCACCCUGCACACCGAGGAAUGGAUUGCGCAGAAGCUGCUGAUUCCUCCCUCGGACGUUGACGGCACCUACCCUCGAAGUGUGACCGUCAUCUCCCAGGCGUUUGAGAACAUGAGCGAGGCCGAGGCCAUUGCCAUUGUCAAAAAGGCCUGGGACCAACACAGUUCCGACGCCAACUUAACCGCCGAACACAAGGAUGUGUUGCAGCACCUGAUCGAGAUGAUAGGAGAAGGCAAAGAGGGCGAAGAUGAAUCUGUGCCUCCUGAGGAUCUCGAAGAGCUCAAGUACCAGGCCUGUCUGUUCCAUCACUGGUCUCCCUACCAGCAGGUCCGAUCCGUGACUACUCCCUUUGACGACCAAGACGAAGAGUGCGAGACUUUUCGAUGCUACGUUAUUGGUAUCAUCUGGGUCGGUAUUGCUGCCUUUGUCAACCAGUUCUUCAGUCCUCGUCAGCCCCCCAUCCAGCUGACUGUGGCAGUUAUCCAGUUGCUUCUGUACCCCUCGGGUCGUCUGUGGCAGUUCAUUUUCCCAGAUUGGGGCUUCAAAGUCCGAGGAGUUCGAUACAGUCUAAAUCCCGGCCCGUGGACCCAGAAAGAACAGCUUCUGGCCACGCUCAUGGCCUCUGUCGCCAAUGUGCCUCCCUAUAUUGACUACAACAUCUUUGUGCAGUAUCUGCCCAAGUUCUACAAUCAGCCCUUUGCCCUCAACUUUGGCUAUAUGGUAAUGAUGAUGCUGACGACACAGUUUAUGGGCUUUGGCAUGGUUGGAUUCCUGCGAAAGCUCGCCGUAUACCCUGCCAAGGCCAUGUGGCCCACCCUGCUACCUACUCUGGCCGUCAACAAGGCUCUACUUGCCCCCAACCGAAAGGAGAAGAUCAACGGCUGGACUAUGACUCGAUACACCUUCUUUCUGCUGGUGUCUGCCAUUGCCUUCAUCCAAUUCUGGGUGCCCAACUACCUGUUCCAGGCCAUUUCCACCUUCAACUGGAUGACCUGGAUUGCGCCAAACAAUGUAGUUCUGGCCGCCAUCACCGGAGGCGCCUCUGGUCUGGGCUUCAACCCCAUUUCUUCGUUUGACUGGAACCAGUUCACCGCGGCGGUUUUCCCGGUAAUGUUCAUGCCAAUCUCAUCGCUCGUUCUGGGAGUCUCAGGCAUGUUUGUCGCCGGCUUCAUCAUCCUGGCUGUCUGGUACACCAACACCCAGUACGCCGGCUACCUUCCCAUCAACUCUGCAGACGUGUUUGACAACACUGGUCUUCCUUUCAACGUGUCUCGAAUUCUGACCAACAACGAGUUUGACGAGGCCAAGUACCGGGCCUACUCGCCUCCCUACUACGCCGCAGCCAACCUGGUGGUCUAUGGAGCCUUCUUUGCUGUCUACCCCAUGUCUUUCUUCUACACGGUCAUAAUGGAGUGGGAGAUCAUGAAGGUCAGUCUGCGAGACCUGUACGACGGCUUCAAACACUGGAAACGGUCUAAUUACUACGGGUUCGACGACUACUUCAGCCGAACCAUGUCCAAGUACGCCGAAGUGCCCCAAUGGUGGUACAUGGUGAUUCUGCUCAUCACCUUUGGCAUGUCCAUUGCUCUGAUUGAGCACUGGAACACCAAGGCCACCGUGUGGAUGCUGGUGGUGGUCAUGCUCAUCAACUUUGUCUGUCUAUUCCCCUUUACCAUCGUCAUGUCCUACACGGGUAUCCAAUUCACUCUUAACGUGCUGGUGGAGCUCAUUGUGGGCUACGCUCUGCCCGGUAAGGGUAUUGCCAUGAUGAUUCUCAAGGCCUUUUCUGUACAGAUCCAGAUCCAGUGCCAAAACUUCCUGACAGACCAGAAGGUGGGCCACUACGGAAAACUACCUCCCAGAUCAAUGUUCCGAGUCCAAAUGCUGGCCACUAUUGUCGCUGGUCUGGUUACCCUCGGAGUCAUGCAAUUCCAGCUCAAUGAUGUUGAACACAUGUGUGACGUGAAGUACCAGACUUCUCAUGAAAAGUUCACCUGUCCGUCGGAAACCGUCUUCUUCUCCGCCUCCGUCAUUUGGGCUGUGGUGGGACCCAAAAAGAUCUUCGACUCCCAGUACCCCAUUCUGCGAUGGUGUUUCCUCAUUGGCUUUGGAAUCGCCCUGCUGUUUGUCUUCCUCCAGAAGUUCGUGCCUAGAAUGCUCAAGAAGCGAUACCCCGACCGAGCCUCUGAGAUUACCAAGUGGGAGGCCCGAUUCAAGGAAGUUAACCCGUCCAUCAUCUGCUACGGCUUCCUCAACUACGCCCCAUACAACCUGACCUACGUGUGGUCCGGAGUCUACCUGGCCUUCUUCUUCAACGUGUACAUCCGAAAGCGGUUCCCCGGGUGGUGGGAAAAGUACACCUACGUCUUCUGCUCGGCCAUGAACACCGGCAUUGCCCUCAGUGCCAUCAUCAUCUUCUUCGCGCUCCAAUACACCAACGUCAACCUCACCUGGUGGGGCAACACGGUUUCAUUUGCCGGUGUCGACGGAGCUGGCGGAGCAGGCAUCGUCCCCAUUCCAGACAAGGGCUUUUUCGGCCCAGACUCUGCUCAUUAUCCUUAG